UACAGGAAGGAUGGAUGGCCCGGACCACCCUGACAGGUAGGGGGAGAGAAGCGGGUGGUGGCGGCGGCCUAUGUCACCGCAAAAGCCACUGCAGUGCAUUGAUUUAAAGCGCCCGCUUUAAAUCAAUGAUCUGCAGCGGUGUCGUGGGGGGAUAAAUAGCCGAUAACUUAUACCGGAAUAUCGGUAUAAGUUAUCGGCUAUCGGCCCUAACCUCCACCGAUUAUCGGUAUCGGCCCUAAAAAACCGAUAUCGCUCGAUCCCUAGUUUUUAUGCAUAUUGUUGUUUAUGUCAAGAGAGCGAUUACAAGGUCAAAAUUCUCUGCAUAUGUUUAAGAGCAUGUAUGGACAUUCCCCCUGCCACAUGGAUUCCUUCUGAUUUCCAUUAUCAGACCUGGAAUCGAUGUUGAGUACCAAUGCCCCAGGAACUGUCAUUGGCUACCUCGGUCCUCCCCCCCCCCCCUCUAGGACUGGGUGUCGAGGGUGACUUCAGUUAAGAGGGGGAGUUUGUGGUGGCCUAGUACAGUUACACUGUAACUUACCUGCUCUGUCAGGCUGUUAUGUUCCACCCUCCGGCCACACGCUGGCCAUGAGCGCUUGGCCUCAUUAACCCCUGCUGUCGGUGGGGCUGGGAUUUGCAACGUGGGACUCGCCCGCAUGCGAAUCCCAGCUCGUCACUCACUCAUUGCUCUUCUGCCGCUUCCUCUGCCUUGGAGCACGUGUCCACAUCCCCUAUGGCGUGUGCACCGAAGCUUGGAGAUUUAAAGGGCCAGUACACCCAAUAAUUAAGUGAACACCUGUGGCUCCGUUUUAAGUUCCAUAACCUCCCACGCUUCCCUGCUGGAUGUUUGUUGCCCUAGUUCCUGAAAAAAAGCAUUCCUGAGACUUGCCUUGCCGUGUUUCUGACCCUUAGUUCUCUGACAUGACCUUGCUCCUUUGCUGCCUGCCUGCUGACCUCCUGCUAUGUCCCUGACUACGCAUCUGUGCCGCCUGCCCUGACCUUCUGCUAUCCCGACAACAAGUGGCCAUAUCCUACCUGUGCCUCGUAUCUACUCAGCCGCCUGUGUGGUCGAGCCGUGCCAGGGGUAGCGACCUGGGUGCCGCCUGCUGCAGCAAGACUAUCCCGCUUUGCGGCUGGCUCUGGUGAAAACAAGCGGCAACUUAGACUCCGCACCCUGGAGGUACCAGUGACCAGCUAACCCCAAGGGUUACCUAUGGGCUCCCUGCUAGUCUCCUCCAUAUAAGCCUUGGGUGGAGGUAGCUUCUCUCUCUUGCUUCCUGCUGAGGUCCAGUAAAGUCGUGCCUAGAGUUUGUGUCUAGAGUAGUGGAGGCUUCAAGGCAAGUCCUGAAGCUACAAGUCAAAUGCAAGUUCCUCCAACCCAGGAUCCUCUGCUGAUAUCUUCUAUAUAAGAGAAGUUUCCUGAUCAACCAUGGAGAGAGACAGGAACAAGAUGGCCGACAGGAUAAUAGACCUCACCCUACAGAUACUCUUCCGGCUUACUGGAGAGGAUUACACAGUAAUGAAGAAAUCCUCUAGUGGGCGCUGUUGGGCCCCUGUGUGGGAAGGAUGGGGAAGAACCCUGAGCCCAGUCCCGGGGCCCCCACCUCACUCCCUGAUACAUGAGGAAAUGGAGGAACAGAAGAUCCUAGAACUCAUCAACAAGAUGAUGGAGCUGCUGACUGGAGAGGUUCCUAUAAGGUGUCAGGACGUGGCGGUGUAUUUCUCCAUGGAGGAGUGGGAGUAUGUAGAAGGACACAAGGAUCAGUACAAGGAUCAGGUGAUGAUGGAGGAUCAGCAGCCCCUCACAUCAGCAGUCAGAUCCAGUAAGAGAACAGCAGCAGAGAGGUGUCCCCGUCCUCUUCUUCCACAGGAUCAGGAUCAGGGUGAAGAUCUGAUUUAUAAUAAUGCUACAGAUGUAAAGGAAGAAGAAGAGACAGAUGUGAACGGUGAUGAGCAGUAUAAGGUGGACAUUCCUACAGGGAGAGAUCUGAUCUAUGUUAAUGUUACAAACGUAAAGGAAGAAGAGGAGACAGAUGUGAGGGGUGAUGAGCAGUAUAAGGUUGACUUUCCUACAGGGAAAGAUCUGAGCUAUAUUAAUGCUACAGACAUUAACAAAGAAGAAGAGACAGAUGUGAGCAGUGAUGAGCAGUAUAAAGAGGACAUUCCUACAGGUAACCGCCCAGAUGACUGUACCGGGAGAUCAGAGGAGAAUCUUAUAUCUUCAGAUUAUAAAGCAGAUGAUGAUAUCACACAAGAUACAUAUGAAGAACAUUCCAUUAUCCCAGAUACACCCUCAGCCCUUCACAGCCAAGAUCUCUCAUCUCAUCCUGUUAUACCCGUCCUGUCUUCUGAUCCAUCACAGGCUGGUAAACAGAGAAAAAGCCAAAGAAGUGUUGUUAUACAUCGAAAAGCUUAUACAGAAAUGGAGCCAUUUUCUUGUUUAGAAUGUAGGAAAUGUUUUAAUUACAAAUCAGGACUAGUUGAACAUCAGAGAACUCACACAUUAGAGAAGCCAUUUAUAUGCCCAGAAUGUGGGAAAUGUUUUGCUCAAAUAUAUAAUCUUGUUAAACAUCAACGAUCUCACACAGUCCUAAAGGCUUUGAUCUUUGGUGACGGGGAAAGAGCAGGCCAGAGUUCCCAAGGAACUGGAGUUAUAAGUGCCACGAUCGUCCCAGGCCAGCACUUUCCAGGUGAGGUCCCCCACACUGGAAAGAAGGGACGAUCCCAGAAAAAAUGCAGAGUGUGUCGCAGGAGGGGGAUACGGAAGGACACCACCUAUCAAUGUGACACUUGCCCCGAUAAUCCGGGCCUCUGCAUUAAGGAUUGCUUCAGGGAGUAUCACACUUCCAUGCAGUACUAAAUUUUCCCUUUUCAUUUUAAUUUUCCAUAAUUUGACCCCAAUGUACCAAGUCUAGAGUACAUUCCAAAUUUUAACCCCAUGAGCCCCUAAAUUGCCCAAAAACCUCUUUUAUAAAAAAAUAAAUAAAAAAGAAAACACCUGAUAAGACCUCUGGGGGUAUUAUUUCCAAAAAUGGGUCACUGAGUCACUUUCAUCGGGGACUUUUUUUAUGUUGCCUCAAAUGUGCAGGGCUCUCUCUGCACCUGAGCGGGUGCGCAUUUGAGGCAACUGGUUAGGGACGGCCACACACAUCACAUUCCCAGAAUGAUGACUCAGAGCAUAGGGUUUGGGGUGGGCAUCUUUUUUAGUUUUGGCUAUGCUCUGGGUCAUCAUUCUGGGAACAUAACCUAUUUUGUCCUUUUACGGCCCACUGUACCCCACUUUAUUAACUCGGUGUACCCCAUGUAACGCUCCUUGAGGGGGGUCCCACUGUUCUGGCUCCAUAGUAGCUCAGUAAAUGCUCAAGGCCCCUGACUGUGCUCCUGCUCUUCCGAGACCUGGUGUGCACCCGCAGAGCUGUUUACAUGAAUAUAUGAGGUAUGUCCUUACAUACCUCAUUUUCUCCUAUUACCUCUUGUGAAAAUGAAAAAUUUGGGGUAACCCCAGCAACACCUGUGGGGUGUUAAGGCUCACUGUAAUGCUUGUUACGUUCCUUGAGGGGUGUAGUUUCCAAAAUAGUAUGCCAUGUGUUUUUUUUUUUUUUUUGUGCGUUCUGGCACCAUAGGGGCUUCCUAAAUGCGACAUGCCCCCCAAAAACCAUUUCAGCUAAAUUUGCUUUCCAAAAGCCAAAUGUGACUCCUUCUCUUCUGAGCAUUAUAGUGCGCUCACAGUGGACUUGACGUCCACACUGGAGAUGGGGUUACAAAUUUGGGGGGGCAUUUUCUCCCAUUUCCCAUUGUAAAAAUGUAAAAUUUGGGGGGAAAACCAGCAAAAAAAAUACAAUUUACACAUCCAACUUUAGUGAAAGUCGUCAACCACCUGUGGGGUGUUAAGGCUGGACCCCUUGUUACGUUCCUUGAGGGGUGUCGUUUUCAAAAUAGUAUGCCAUGUGAUUUUUUUUCUGUUCUGGCACCAUAGGGGCUUCCUAAAUGUGACAUGCCUCCCCCCCCCCCGUAAAUCAUUUCAGAAAAAUUCACUCUCCAAAAUCCCAUUGUCGCUCCUUCCCUUCUGAGCCCCCUAGUGCACCCACAGAGCACUUUACAUCUACUUAUGAGGUGAAGUAUUUUUGGGGGAUUGCAGUAACACAUGUUUUGCUAUAGACAUGUUCUGGCUUGGCUUGGUACUUAAGGGGUUAAAAAUGGUCACUAGGGGUCUCUGUCUUUUAUAUUUUUACAGUAUUGGGGGGUGGGGUUAGGACGGAAAAUAAGAAAUAAUUAUAUUUUUAAAAAUGUUUGUAAUGUUAUAAAAUGUAAUGUAUUAAUAAAUAAAGUUUGGUAGCCACCAUCAGC